AUGCAAAACUUGAAGAAUUUUAUUUCUGCAGGCGAAGCACGUCCUUCUCUCUUCAAAGGACCUUUCACUAAACUUCAGAUAUUGCGGUCCGUGAAUGGAAUUGUUUUUUUGGGAAUUCCUCUCGUUUUUGUGUACAGUCUUGCAUCAGCGACUUCAUCACCCGAAGCGAAUCAAGUAAAUAUCCGAGAAAAAGCUGCUAAAGAGCAUAUUUCUCAAGCAGAGAAACAAUGGAAGAAUGUUCGAGAGACCUUAACUCCCUUCUGGCUUUCGACAUCUCUGAGAAACAAGCUCACUUUCGAUCAAGUGACCGAAGUUGAUUUCUUAAAGGAAUUGGAAUGGAAAGUUGUAGAUGGAAACGUGAUUUUCAAAGAAAAGUAA